AAAAAAUGACCCUCUCUAACACGUCACCGAUGCUGACCUGUCCCCACCUUCUUAAACUGCCACAUCAUCAUUCCACAUCACCAAAACCAAAAUCAACACACAAGCUAAUACGUGAUUAGUUUGAAACUUGAAAAGAGAUGUGAGAGGAGUAGGACUCGGCUAUUUUCAUGCAUUUUUUAAGGAUUCUUUAGAGAUGCCAUAUAUAUAGCUACAGACUGACUUGUUCAAGGAGAUUACUAUGUUUCUUCAAGAAAAUAUAAAUAAAUCUGAAGUUAGUCAAACCGUGGUUGGCAAGAAAGAAAGUGAAAGAAAACCCGAGAAAAUUGUUUUUUUGAGAGUGUUGCUGUCAGAUGGAAAGAAAUAAAAACUCCAGUUCUAGUGCUAAUAAUAUGCAGAAUUACCUUACUCAACUUCAAGAAAAUAGACUUAAGGUUCAAAACUCAAGACUCCAGAACGAAACUGCAACAGUGGCGGCACAGCCAUUCAGCCAGAGGCUCUUUAGAGUCGUGUUUCUUGCACAUUUAAUCCUAACCGCAAUUCUAGUGAUCGUCCUCACCAUCCGUGGCCUCCUCUCUUUCCGUAGUCACAACUUCCACCCCAAUAAAUGGUAUCCACCAUUGCUGGCUGCAACUGGAAGUUCCGGAUUUUUGGCCUUUACAUGGCAAUGGAUCACACUCCGGUACCCCUCAACAGCUUUCAAAGCAGCAUUCUGGUUUAGUCCUCUGCUAACAUGUGCUGUAGGAAUACUACUUGUACUGAUCGGCUCUGCUCCGGGUCUAGCAAUAGGUUCUGUCGCAGUUGUUUUCGCCGUCCUUCAAUCCCUUUAUGCUUGCUGGGUAAAUCCGAGGUUCGGUUAUGCCAUCAAGAUUCUAUCUGUUUCUACAGCUUUCCCUCCCACAGGAACUACUAUAAUGGUCAUCGUUUCGAUCCUUGCGAGCAUUCUUUAUUCUGGUUUCUUGGUGUGUGGGAUCGGCGGCGCCACCAUUACUGGAACUGAAAUAGAUAUAAUCUUCACAUUGAUGAUCCUGCUAAGCCUGAUAUGGACUAUGCAAGUUAUAAGAAACACAUUGCAUGUUAUAAUUGCUCACAUCAAGUACAUAAAUUUUUCAGUUGGGGCUGAUAUGGACACAAGAGUUGCUCUAAGAGACACAAUCAAACACUUGACAGGAAGUAUAUCGAUAGGCUCUGCUACUGUCCCUUUUCUUACAGUAAUUUGUGGCUCUGCACGAGCGAUGAAACUAGUUGCAGGGGGUACAGAUGAGUUCAUGUUUUCUUGCGCUAACUGCUACUCUGCUGUAGCUUCAACAUUAGUGACCUAUGGGAAUAGAUGGGGUUUUGUGCAUGUAGGGGUUUAUCACAAGGGGAUCGUGCAGGCAUCCAUGGAUACAUGGGAGAUGUUUAGGAACACCGGAAUGGAAUCCCUAAUCAAUUCUGACCUUACUGGGUCGUUCUGCUUCCUAUCAGGUAUUGCAGGAGGUGCUGUAUGCUCCCUGGUUGGAGGAAUAUGGACACUUGCUGUUCAUAAGAGCUAUGCAACCGAAGUGUCGAUUUACGCCUUCUUGAUAGGCUAUUUCACGUGUCGGAUUGCAAUGGCGUGGCCACAAGCAUGCAUAUCAGCUUACUACGUGGCUUAUGCAGAAAAUCCACAAAGCCUAAGAUUCGACCCAACUAUUCCAGUACGAAUUCAAGAGCUUCAGAGAAAUGGGGCUUAACAAUCCUGGAAUAGACUAUAGCAUAAUUACUAAUGCCAUACAGCAAUGAGUGAAUCUAUUAUACAUUUUACCAGAAACACUGCCCUAACGAUAGUAUGAUCAAAUGAUUCUUAACAUGUAAAUUUGUGAAAGUUUUAACUUGUGGUUUGAGAGUGACAUCUAGUUGUAAAUGAUAGUGAUCUUCUUUUAUA